AAGACUACUGAAAGCUGGUUCACAAUACGACGCAACGGACUUCGCUCCCAACUCAAACAAACCACGUAAGAAAAGACCUCGACCUUGAGCAACAAGCUUUCGAACACCAGUUGCUUAUUGGAUCUGAACUCGUCGUCAUGGCAGCGCUAACCAAAGGAGUCUUUGUUGUGGCUGCCAAGCGCACACCAUUUGGAACUUAUGGUGGUAUGUUCCUGAAGAAAAGUAUAACAGAUCUGCAGGAGGUUGCAAAUAAAGCAGCCAUAGCAGCCGCAGGCCUGAAGCCUGACCAUAUUGACUCUGUUGUUAUUGGUAAUGUUAAUGCGUGUUCAUCAUCAGAUGGUGCAUUCAUGCCACGACAUUCUGCACUGCGUGCAGGCAUACCCAUUGAGCGUCCAGCUGUUGCUGUGAACAGACUAUGUGGUUCAGGGUUCCAGGCUAUAGUCAAUGGGGCACAGAAUAUUUUAGUAGGUGACUCAAGAGUGGUUCUGACUGGAGGUGCAGAGAACAUGAGCCAGUCUCCCUUUGUUGUACGAGAUACAAGGUUUGGAACAGUCCUUGGUACACCAUUACAGCUGGAAGACUCACUAUGGGUUGGCCUCACUGACACCUACUGCAAAACUCCUAUGGGUAUAACAGCAGAGACCCUGGCCGAAAAAUACGGGAUCCCUCGAGAAGAGGUUGAUCAAUUUGCUCUUCGAUCUCAAACACUGUGGAAGAAAGCACAAGACAAUGAUUACUUUAAGGAGGAGCUGGCUCCUGUUACAAUUAAAGUGAAGGGAAAGGAGAAAGUGGUGGAUAUGGAUGAACACCCCCGACCCCAGACAACACUCGAGGGGUUGGCUAAGCUUCAACCAGUUUUCAAGAAGAACGGAGUAGUCACAGCUGGGUCUUCAUCUGGUAUCUGUGAUGGUGCAGGUGCAGUCAUUCUAGCCAGUGAGAACGCUGUCCAUGAGUUUGGACUAAAACCACUGGCCCGUCUUGUGGGCUACAGUGUAGUUGGAGUGGAACCCACUGUCAUGGGCAUUGGACCUGCUCCAGCAAUCGAAAAACUUCUGAAGGUCUCUGGGAAACAGCUCAGUGACAUAGACUUGGUUGAGAUUAAUGAAGCAUUUGGUGCUCAGACAUUGGCCUGUCAGAAAGAAUUGAAAUUAGACCUACAGAAGCUGAAUGUCAAUGGGGGGGCCAUUGCACUAGGACAUCCCGUUGGUGCUUCAGGAGCGCGCAUAACAACACAUCUUGUGCACGAACUUAGGAGGAGAAAGGGCAAGUUUGGCAUCGGCUCUGCAUGCAUUGGAGGAGGACAAGGAAUAGCUGUUCUGCUUGAGAGCAUUCAGUGAUAAGACUGAUAAACUGUGAAGUAUUAUCAACAGCAUACAGCAGUGACAGAUGUCUGUACAUUUAUCACUUGACAGCAACAUAAUCUUCCACACCAUCAGACAUAAAACUAUGGUGUAUUUGCAGCUUUUAUAUUGGAAUCUAUAUCUCAUUAUUUUACAUAUAUAUGCUCCAGCUGCAAAAAUAAAUUGAAGAAUCUGAGCUCUAAUCAACAAACUUAAAGUAAUCUGUCUAUCUUCAGGGCUCCAGCCCUUAAAGUAAUGUGGGUUGGGAGUAGCUAUAUGCUUGUCAAAUAUGACUUGAGGAAAAGCUUCACAAACACAAUGUCACUAAGCUGUCACACAGAUAUAAUCAAGAAGUUAAGUGACCCUAACAAAAUAUUUUAUGCAACAUUCUGGUAUUUUCUACAAUGAAUUUGUUGAGUACACAUUUUGUAUAUAAACUCACAUUUGUAAUAAAGUGCUUGAAGACUGAACAGUUAGAA